AUGUCCCCCGGAGGCACCCAAUUCGGGGACAACAGGUUUGCUCUGCUAGCCAAUAGUCCCCAACCGAAGCGUAAAAAAACUUUUCAAAAACUACAGGAAGUUUUUCCUGACUUACCGCCAACAAAAAAUGACGACCCUAAGUAUAUCGUGAUUAAAUCCGAAGAUCCUAAUGCACCCCUUUCGAAGGUUUCAUGUUUCCGCGUGUAUAACGCCAUACUUACCGUGAGCAAAGAUAUUAAUAAAAUUAGUGAAUUACGCGACGGCAGCUUGCUACUGCUGGUGAAAAAUAAGCAGGUAGCAGAAAAGUUCAUUAAAACGAAACAUCUUUUUAACAUUGGCGCUGUUAGCGUUAGCUAUCAUCAACAUUUAAAUUUCAACAAAGGCACCAUUUAUGCACCGUUUUUAAAUGAUGUGCCUGAAAGUGAAAUAAUAGAAGGUUUGAGUGCUUACGAAGCUUCCUCUGUGUAUAAAUUCACACGCAAAUCCCAAGGUGAGACAAAGCAUACCGGCGUUAUACUACUAUCGUUUAAUAGUUAUACCCUACCAAAUAAAAUCAAUAUCGCAUGGAGAAUGACCACGGUGCGUCAGUACGUGCCUAAUCCAAUGAGCUGCAAGUCAUGCCAGAAAUUGGGCCAUACACAGAAGCAUUGUAAGGGUUCUCCAAUGUGCGAAAUUUGCAAUUUUCCAGCUCCCCAUGAGAAUGACUGCGUUCGAGUUAUGUGUGCGAAUUGUUCUGCUGAACAUCGCUCUUCUGACAACACAUGCCCAAAAUAUAAGCAAACUAAAGAAAUUUUAAAAAUAAAAACAUUAGAAAAAUGCAGCAUGCGCGAUGCUCUCAAAAGGUAUAGAGAAAACAUCUCUGUCCCUUCAUUCACUGCCAGCUUUGCUCAGGUGCUUCAACCUGCAAACGCGGUUACCUCUGCAAUCAAUACACCGACAAAAAUUUCAGCCACUACAAAUUCCACUAAACCUAAAAAAACACAAAGUACAGCCGACAAAGAUUUACCUAAUUCAUCAAAACAUAACGCAGGGGUCACCUCUGCUUCCUUUUUAUCAACAAAUUCCUUAGCUAGCAAUAAUUGUUCAAAUAACGAAAACAAUCACAAUAUCAACAACAAACACACAUCACUCAAUACAAGCCACAACAAUGUUUCACAAACAUCAAAUAAAAUGACAACUAUACCCAAUAUAACUCUUCCAAAUUCUUUAGUCCAACAACAGCCACAUUCAUUUCAAACUUAA